GUAAGAAAAAAGGACCAGAUCAACAUUGAAACAAAGAACAAAACUGUGAGAUUUAUUGGUGAGCUUACCAAGUUUAAGAUGUUCUCCAAAAACGAUACUCUCCACUGUUUAAAGAUGCUUCUGUCAGACUUUUCUCAUCACCACAUUGAAAUGGCAUGUACUUUACUGGAAACCUGUGGAAGAUUUCUCUUCAGAUCACCAGAAUCUCACUUAAGAACCAGUGUUCUCCUGGAACAAAUGAUGAGAAAAAAGCAAGCGAUGCAUCUCGAUGCACGCUACGUUACAAUGGUAGAAAAUGCCUAUUACUACUGUAAUCCCCCUCCAGCUGAAAAAACUGUGAAGAAAAAACGUCCUCCUUUACAGGAAUAUAUUCGUAAGCUUCUUUACAAGGAUCUUUCCAAGGUUACCACAGAGAAGGUCCUGCGACAGAUGCGCAAGCUGCCUUGGCAAGAUGCAGAAGUAAAAGACUAUGUUAUAUGCUGUAUGAUCAACAUCUGGAAUGUGAAAUACAACAGUAUUCACUGUGUAGCCAACCUCCUAGCGGGGUUGGUCCUUUACCAGGAAGAUGUUGGAAUUCAUGUUGUGGAUGGAGUGCUAGAGGAUAUUCGACUAGGAAUGGAGGUUAACCAGCCAAAGUUUAACCAGCGGCGGAUCAGCAGUGCCAAGUUCUUGGGGGAGCUUUACAAUUAUCGAAUGGUGGAAUCGGCUGUAAUAUUUCGAACUCUAUAUUCUUUCACAUCAUUUGGUGUGAACCCUGAUGGCAGUCCUAGUCCACUGGACCCUCCAGAGCAUCUUUUCAGAAUCAGACUAGUUUGUACUAUCCUUGAUACCUGUGGGCAGUAUUUUGACAGAGGAUCCAGCAAACGAAAACUUGAUUGCUUCCUUGUAUAUUUUCAGCGGUAUGUUUGGUGGAAAAAAAGUCUGGAUGUUUGGACAAAAGACCACCCAUUUCCUAUAGACAUAGACUAUAUGAUCAGUGAUACACUGGAACUGCUGAGACCAAAGAUAAAGCUCUGCAAUUCGCUGGAAGAAGCUGUCAGACAGGUGCAAGACUUGGAACGAGAAUUCUUAAUAAAAUUGGGAAUUGUGAAUGACAAAGAUUCCAAAGAUUCCAUUACAGAAGGAGAGAAUCUAGAAGAGGAUGAAGAGGAGGAGGAAGGUGGAGCUGAGACAGAGGAACAAUCUGGAAAUGAAAGUGAAGUAAAUGAGCCAGAAGAAGAGGAGGGCUCUGACAAUGAGGAAGAAGAAGGUGAAGAAGAGGAGGAAGAAAACACGGAUUAUCUUACGGACUCCAAUAAGGAAAAUGAAACCGAUGAGGAGAACACCGAAGUAAUGAUUAAAGGAGGAGGACUUAAGCAUGUCCCUUGUGCAGAAGAUGAGGACUUCAUUCAGGCACUGGAUAAAAUGAUGCUAGAAAAUCUUCAGCAACGGAGUGGUGAAUCUGUUAAAGUGCAUCAGCUGGAUGUUGCUAUUCCUCUACAUCUCAAAAGUCAACUCAAGAAGGGUCCCCCACUGGGAGGUGGGGAAGGAGAUUCAGAGUCUGGAGACACGAUGCCAUUUGUCAUGUUAACACGAAAAGGCAACAAACAGCAGUUUAAGAUCCUAAAUGUACCGAUGUCUUCCCAACUUGCUGCAAACCACUGGAACCAACAGCAAGCUGAACAGGAGGAGAGAAUGAGGAUGAAAAAGCUCACUUUGGAUAUCAAUGAACGGCAAGAACAAGAGGACUACCAGGAAAUGUUGCAGUCUCUGGCACAGCGUCCAGCUCCAGCAAAUACUAAUCGUGAACGGCGGCCUCGUUACCAGCAUCCGAAGGGAGCACCUAAUGCAGAUCUAAUCUUUAAAACUGGCGGGAGGAGACGUUGAUCCAGCAGCAAGUGUCAUUUCAUUAGGUCCUGUAUCUCUGAUGUUGUGGAUAGUGGAGUCCUCCAGCGAUUAAAUGAGAGCAGUGGACACAUCUCAGCAUGUCAGUCUCUAGAGCGUUCAGAAUCGAAACCUGGGACAGGCUGGGGCCGUGGGGCAGAAACAAACAGCCUCCCCUCUUCCCCCCAAACCCACACAGAACAAGUGGAAGCUUCCAGUCAUGGCCUACCAAAAAAAAAAAAAAAAAGGCAAAAAAAAAAAAAAAGCAGCUUUUUGUUAUGGGAACCGUGUUGAGGGUUAAUUUUCUCAUAAGAGCAGAAGUACAUGAACGGGAUGGGUAACUUGACCAGUGAGCAGCUUGGUGGAAAAAAAGAUCAACCUGAAAUUCAGAUGGAUUGCACUGGAACGGAAAAGGUCUUUGACAGCUCGGUAUGUGGGAGAAUAAAGUUCUAAACUUGACGCAAGUUACGUUAACUCUGAAUUG